CCCAUUCGAUGCGCGCAGCCGCCGCCCCCACAGCGCUGGCGAGCGCGGCCCCAGUCCCCCAGGUCCUGAGCGUCCGGGGCCGCGCUCAGCUUCUGAGGACCCUGUGCUGCUCAGGCCCGGCGGACCUUGGGGCUCCCGGGCGGCGCUCACCUGGCUCGCCGCAACCGCACCUGCACAGCUGCACACCUGCCUCAAUGCGAUGGGGUCAGGCUUCCAGGAGCCCCUGGGGGACACUGGCUACUGCUGGGCUGUUCUCAACGCCCAACCCUUUCCUCAGCACCCCCUGGUCAAGCUGUGGCACCUCCUGCCCCCGGACACAGGCCAGCACCUGGCCGAGUGCGGAGGACACUCCAGCAGGCUCUUCGCCUAUGGCCACCCCGAGGGCACCAUCGUGGGGUGGCCCACACUCGUCACCCUCGUCACCGUCCCCUGUGGUGACGGGGCCCCCCUCGUCACCGUCCCCUGGGGAGAGGACGGAGCCCCGAGGCUGAGCUGUGUGUUGCCUUGCAGGUUGUGCAGCCUGACUCUGAAGAAGCUGGUGGUCUUCAAGGAGCUGGAGAAGGAGCUGAUCUCCGUGGUGAUUGCCGUCAAGAUGCAGGGCUCCAAACGGAUCCUGCGGUCCCAUGAAAUUGUGCUGCCCCCCAGUGGACAAGUGGAGACAGACCUGGCCCUGACCUUCUCCCUGCAGUAUCCUCACUUCUUGAAGAGGGAAGGCAACAAGCUUCAGAUCAUGCUGCAGCGCAGAAAGCGCUACAAGAACAGAACCAUCCUGGGCUACAAGACGCUGGCCGUGGGCUCCAUCAGCAUGGCUGAGGUGAUGCAGCACCCGUCUGAAGGCGGCCAGGUGCUGAGCCUCUGCAGCAGCAUCAAGGAGGCCCCCGUCAAGGCAGCCGAGAUCUGGAUCGCCUCCCUGUCCAGCCAGCCCAUUGACCACGAGGACAGCGCCAUGCAGGCCGGCCCCAAGGCCAAGUCCACGGAUAACUACUCUGAGGAGGAGUAUGAGAGCUUCUCCUCCGAGCAGGAGGCUAGUGACGACGCUGUGCAGGGGCAGGACUUGGACGAGGACGACUUCGACGUCGGGAAGCCGAAGAAGCAGCGGAGAUCGAUUGUAAGAACGACGUCCAUGACCAGGCAACAAAAUUUCAAGCAGAAAGUGGUGGCGCUGCUGCGGAGGUUCAAAGUGUCCGAUGAGGUCCUGGACUCGGAGCAGGACCCUGCGGAGCACAUCCCCGAGGCGGAGGAGGACCUGGACCUCCUAUAUGACACGCUGGACAUGGAGCACCCCAGCGACAGCGGCCCCGACAUGGAAGACGACGACAGCGUCCUUAGCACCCCCAAGCCAAAGCUGCGGCCGUACUUUGAAGGCUUGUCACACUCGAGCUCGCAAACGGAGAUCGGGAGCAUCCACAGCGUCCGCAGCCACAGGGAGCCCCCCAGCCCGGCUGACGCGCCCGAGAAGACGCGGUCCCUGGGAGGCAGGCAGCCGAGCGACAGUGUCUCUGACACGGUGGCCCUCGGUGUGCCGGGCCCGAGGGAGCAGCCUGGACAGCCUGAGGACAGCCCCGAGGCUGAGGCCUCCACCCUGGACGUGUUCACAGAGAGGCUGCCGCCCAGCGGGCGGAUCACCAAGACAGAGUCCCUUGUCAUCCCUCCACCAGCCACUUAGCCUGUCCUGGUCUCCAAUAGGUCCGAGGGGAAGCAGGCUGGCCGACGGGGCCGGAGCACGUCCCUGAAAGAGCGGCAGGCAGCGAGGCCCCAGAAUGAGCGGGCCAACAGUCUGGACAACGAGCGCUGCCCGGAUGCCCGGAGCCAGCUACAGGUGCAGAUCCCCAGGAAGACUGUGUAUGACCAGCUUAACCACAUCCUCAUCUCCGACGACCAGCUUCCCGAAAACAUCAUCCUCGUCAACACCUCGGACUGGCAGGGGCAGUUCCUCUCCGACGUCCUGCAGAGGCACACGCUCCCCGUGGUGUGCACAUGCUCUCCCGCAGACGUCCAGGCAGCCUUCAGCACCAUCGUCUCACGGAUACAGAGAUACUGCAACUGCAAUUCCCAGCCCCCGACCCCCGUGAAGAUCGCCGUGGCGGGAGCGCAGCAUUACCUCAGCGCCAUCCUGCGGCUCUUCGUGGAGCAGCUAUCCCACAAGACGCCCGACUGGCUCGGCUACAUGCGCUUCCUGGUCAUCCCGCUGGGCUCCCACCCCGUGGCCAGGUACCUAGGCUCUGUGGACUACCGCUACAACAACUUCUUCCAGGACCUGGCCUGGAGAGACCUGUUCAACAAGCUGGAGGCCCAGAGUGCGGUACAGGACACGCCGGACAUUGUGUCGCGCAUCACCCAGUACAUCGCAGCCAACUGUGCCCACCAGCUCCCCAUCGCAGAGGCCAUGCUGACCUACAAGCAGAAGAGGAAAAAGCAUUUUCAUUUUGACUUUACCUUAAGCCCUGACGAAGAGUCCUCCCAAAAGUUCAUUCCCUUUGUCGGGACGGUUCGGGUUGGAAUUGUGGAGCCAUCCUCCGCCACAUCAGGCGACUCGGACGAUGCAGCCCCCUCAGGCUCUGGCGCGCUCUCCUCCACCCCGCCGUCCACAUCUCCUGCGGCCAAGGAGGCCUCACCCACCCCGCCCUCCUCCCCGUCGGUGAGCGGAGGCCUGUCCUCCCCCAGCCAGGGUGUCGGCGCCGAGCUGAUGGGGCUGCAGGUGGACUACUGGACCGCAGCACAGCCCGCGGACAGGAAGAGGGACGCGAGAAGAAGGACCUGCCCUGUCACCAAAAAACACGCUCAAGUGCACUUUCCGGGUCCCUCCAGGGCAGGCAGGCUGCCCAGCCGCGGCGAGGCUGCGGCCCACGCCCCAUGGUCCAUGACCGUGGUCACCAAGGAGAAGAACAAGAAGGUGAUGUUUCUGCCCAAGAAAGCGAAGGACAAAGAUGUGGAGUCCAAGAGCCAGUGCAUCGAGGGCAUCAGCCGGCUCAUCUGCACUGCCAGGCAGCAGCAGAACAUGCUGCGGGUCCUCAUCGACGGGGUGGAGUGCAGCGACGUCAAGUUCUUCCAGCUGGCCGCGCAGUGGUCCUCGCACGUGAAGCACUUCCCCAUCUGCAUCUUCGGACACUCCAAGGCCACCUUCUAGCCCCACCCACCGAGAGGCCCACCUCCCGCCCCACGCUAGGAGGGGCCCAGCUGCAUUUCUGUUAACAUUUCAGUUUACUACAGAGACAGACCCUUAAAACACAAA